AUGCCUGGAAAUAUUAUUCCAGAGGUGCUUGAAGUGCCAUCACCAAGCGUGGCUCGCACUCGCCUUACCAAGCCAUUGGAAUACAGUGGCCUGUUAGAUUCCUACCAGAACUCGGACUUGACUCCUGUGAUUGGUCGUGAAUAUCACGGACUUCAAGUUGCAGAUGUGCUUGCUGCAAAGGAUAGUGAUGCUUUGAUUAGAGACGUUGCUGUUACUGUCUCUCAACGUGGUGUGGUCUUCUUGCGCAAUCAAGAUGUCACACCGCAGCAGAUGCAAGCGUUCAUGGAACGUCUAACAACUAUUUCGGGUUGCGUGAGUAUUCGACCCGGUUUCCUGAAGUGCCUGGCUGACUGGUGUGACACCUCAGNNCCCGAAUCAUCUGGCCUUCACGUUCACCCUUUGACCGAAGAAGGCAGUGAGUUGGGUGACCAGAUCAGUGUCAUUAGCUCCGAGAAACAGAAGAAGGGCGGCGGUCUCACCCACCAGCUCAGUGAUACCACUCGCUUUGCUAGUGCCGGAUGGCAUUCAGACAUUACCUUUGAGCCAGUGCCUUCAGAUUAUGCCAUGCUCAAGAUCCACACACUACCACAAACCGGUGGCGAUACACUUUGGGCGUCAGGCUAUGAGGUCUACGAUCGCCUCUCACCUGCUUUGGCUCAGUUCCUCGAAGGACUCACAGCGACCCACGAAGCCAAGUUCUUCCAUGAAGAAGCCGCAAGGCUAGGCAACCCUCUUCGCACAACGAUUCGAGGAUCUCCUCUCAAUCAAGGACCAGCAUUAGAGGCCGUGCAUCCCAUCAUCCGUACGAACCCAGUGACAGGAUGGAAGAGCGUCUACGUGAAUCGUGGCUUCACACGUCGCAUCAACGGUGUGACAAAAGACGAAUCCGACGUACUGCUGCAGUAUCUGUUCAACGUAAGUCGCAUGAUACAACCAUCUGCUUGUGCGUCAGCCUUGCUAACGAAAACAGNNCUUGUUACGCAAAAUCACGAUGCGCAGGUCCGUUUCAAAUGGAACAAGAACGAUCUCGCAAUUUGGGACAACAGAUCCACCUGGCACACAGCGACAUAUGAUUACGAAGCUGCAAGAGCGGGUGAUCGUGUCUGCUCCUUGGGUGAGAAGCCUUUCCUUGAUCCUGCUUCAAGUAGCAGAAGAGACGCGUUGCGCUUUUCGUAG